ACUUGAUAGAAUUUAUAAUUCAUGAAUUUAUGCCUCAGAGGCAAAAUAAAUUUGUUGAUAAUGUAAUUUUAUAUAUUAUAGUAUAAACGCCUAAAACAGUGUACAUGUCGGAAAAUUACUCUUGUAUCGGUUAGGCAGUGGUUCAUUUUCUUAACCAUUCAUCGACAUUUUUCGGGUCUAGAAAAGCCGAGAAGUAAUAAAUACGUGAAUUGAAUAUCAAAUUGUGUUUUAAAGCCUCUAAAGAUGCAAGACAGUUCUGGCAAGAGAAUCGCUCAAGAAGCUCAGUUACUAGCAGAAGAAAAAUGGAUAGUAGAUGCACUUAGAAAAAUUAGGUCCGAGCGAAAUGGGCUACAGAUAGAAAGACUGCAACUGGAAAGCAUGUUGACACAACUGAAAUAUGGAAAAGUAAGUGAGACAGCUACCAAUGACGCCGUUCCUCAGCCAAUCGGUCCACAGUCCACUGCUACUUUGGAUGAAAAACUGUUACAAAGCAGAAGUGAUACUAUGGCUAUGUUUAGUGUGUCUCAGCCUAUGGUUGAGAAGUCCUCUGAGGUGCAGAUAUUGGAUGAAGGAGUCUGUAACUUUGAAGAACUGAACCUCUGUGUGACUAAUCCUGUGCUGAAUCGCAAGGGUGCCCUCGACUCGUACAACAUGGACUUUGAUGAAGAGGAGGAAGAUGACGAGAAUGAGACUGAUAAUGUUCUCAUUGACAUGAACAUGUUCAUGAACUCGGCACAAGAUCAGGACUGAAGGGCAGCGGAGCAGAGCUGAAGCUAAUACUGGCCAGGGGAGGAAGACCGAGGAUAGUGUUGUGGCGCCUUUGGAAGAAGUGUAGUUCAGCUUGACAAUGAUGAUGAUGAGAUUAUUUUAAAACUAUUUAAAAGUUCAAUAUCUCACUGGUGUUCAUGUUUAGAUUUCAUUUCAAAGUUUGAACUGUAAAGGGUGUUUUGGAGACUGUAUAAAAGGUACACGAUCUUGAUAAAAAUAUAGUUUGAAUAAAAAGACACAUCAAGAUUACAUACCUUUUGUAUCAAGUGUAGUUUUUUUUAAUGACACUCUGCUAGACUGAUACUAAUAAAAAAGUCAAAUAAUAAA